UGCACUAAAUGACUUGCCUACUGCCAAUACACGACGAAGAAGAAAGCGUAGUAGUAGAAGAAGAAGAAGAAGAAGAAGACGAGAAAACUAGAGAAAGGAAAGGUAGAAAGAAGGACAAAAAGACGAAUGGCCAACAGAACAGUAAAAGAUGCAACCAGCAUCCACGGUACUAAUCCACAAUAUUUAGUGGAGAAGAUUAUCAGGACCAGAAUCUAUGAGUCGAAGUACUGGAAAGAAGAAUGCUUCGGUCUGACAGCUGAGCUGGUUGUGGAUAAAGCCAUGGAACUGAGAUAUGUUGGUGGAGUGUUUGGUGGAAACAUCAAGCCCACUCCCUUCAUCUGUCUUUUGCUGAAGCUGCUGCAGAUCCAACCCGAGAAAGACAUUAUUGUGGAGUUCAUCAAAAACGAAGAUUUUAAAUAUGUUCGUUUACUUGGAGCCAUGUACAUGCGGUUAACGGGCACGGCAGUGGAUUGUUACAAAUACCUGGAGCCCUUGUACAAUGAUUACCGAAAAAUCAAGACGCAAAACAGAAACGGGGAGUUUGAGUUAAUGCACGUGGAUGAGUUCAUCAACCAGCUUCUUCACGAAGAGCGAGCGUGUGACAUCAUCCUGCCCCGGCUUCAGAAAAGACAAGUCCUUGAGGAGGCCGAGUUGUUAGACCAACGCAUCAGUGCUCUUGAAGAAGACCUCGAUGAAAUGGAGAGCAGUGAGGAAGAGGACGAAGAAGAGAGGCCAGAGAGAGUUCUCACUCCUGAACCUCACAGACGUGGUUACCGUGAGGACAGAAUUCGCCGUUCCCAGUCGCCUCGUCAUAAACGGAGCCGCUCACCGAGACGGAGGAGCCGAUCUCCAAAGAGACGAAGCGUUUCUCCUAGAAGAGAGCGCCAUCGCAGUAAAAGCCCCCGUCGCCACCGCAGUCGGUCUCGAGAACGACGUCAUCGAUCUCCAGGUCACCACAGAAGCCACAGACAUCGCAGCCACUCAAAGUCCCCAGAGAGGAGUUCCAAAAAGAGUCACAAGAAGAGUCGAAGAGGAAAGGAGUAGUUUAUUUGAAUUUUUUUAUUAUUAUUUUUUUAAACCUACUAACCGGUGACUGAAUUUCAAUUGAGAGUUCUUGGAAUUGGACUGUCUGUGUGAUGUAUCUUAAUGUGCCAGAUUACAAACUGUCUUGUUGAUACUUGAGCUCAUACUGUAUCAUUUUCUCACGAUUAAAGUCACUGAUUGUUACUUUUGAA